GUUCCCCUUCGCCCGUUUCAUAGCAGCAAGUUUUGAAAAGGAGAUCUUGAGUGCUCUUCGUCAAGUUUCUCGUUUCGUUCCCCAAAGUCGCCUGUUCCACAAUAAUUUUUGCUAUCAUUAUCAUCUGUUGUUGUUUUCGCUUCCAAGAAGACCAUGUCUGACGCCGAGAAGAACUCAGUGGCUGCCAUGCUCACCCCGGGGCCUCCUGGGGCCCAUCACCAUGUCGUCCCCACGGAAAGAUGUGGAGCCCUGAAUGUUUUCAUUGAGGGUGACUUGGAGGAAGCUCACCGAGACAAGGAUUCCAAAUGUGUUUUCUUGACCGUUCAUGACUUGGGAUGCAAUCAUGAAAGCAUUCAGAAAUUCACGGAUCAUCCUGGAUUCGAAGAGAUCAAGAAGCGAGCCAUUUUGGUUCACGUGGAUAUGCCUGGUCACGAACCCGGAGCAACGGACUUGCCGGAAAAUUUCACGUUUCCUACCAUUCAGCAUUUGGGAGAGGAUCUCGUGACCGUUUUGGACCAAUUGAGGAUCAAGUACGUCAUUGGCAUUGGAGAUGGCGCUGGCGCCAAUGUCAUGGCUCGAUUUGCCAUGAUGCAUUCUCAAAGGUGCUUGGGUGUGAUCUUGAUUCAUCCCACCUCCAACAAGACCAAGAUGAUGGACACCUUCAAGGACAAGAUUGGCAAGUGGAAGGUGAACAACCUCACUCCCACCGUUGAAAACAUGACCGUGUUCAGGAGAUUUGGCCACAAGCUCGAAGAUGCCGAUAACAAGGAAGGUGCUUUGGAGGAGUUCAAGAAGCAGAUGGGCCGUGCUUUGAACAAAAAGAACAUGGCCAUGUACGCCAACGCCUACAGCAACCGCAAGGACAUCACACCCCUGUUGAGCAAGACUCUGCGGUGCGACGCCCUUUUGUUGGCCGGGUCCAAGACCGCCAAUGUGCAAUCGGCUGAGCAUAUGCAUUCGAACAUGGACAAGAGUAAGACCAGCUUGUUGAAGAUCGAUGACGUGGGCAAUGUCUUGGAUGAGGCACCUGUCAAGACGGCUAAUUCCAUCUUGCUCUUCUGCAAGGGAUUGGGAUGGUUGACCAGCGUGGACUUGCCGGGAGUGGAACGACGCAGUUCCAUCGACAGCCAGGGCAAGCCUCGUCGUCAGAGGUCCAUAUCGAUGGAAGAUUAUGACAAGCCAAAUAUUAGACGUCUUUCCAUUUCAUCUGGAUCCAAUAACUAGAUGAGCAGAUUUUUGCUUGCUCGACAAAAGAAGCGAAGAAACAAAAAAAGUGGGACAAAUUGGGGCGAAUUUCAACCACUUGAAGAACAAACAACAAAGAUCAAAAUACUGUUAAAUGCGGAUCUAACUUUAAAUCUCUACAAAUAAUGCAUUAUAUCGUACAUAUUGCCUAAACAAAGAUGUGUAUGAAUUGUAAGCCAAAAGUCUUGAAAACUUCAGAGUUUAACUUUUAGAGUGUCUUAGGUCAGUUAAGAUUGUGUUAGAAAUUAAGUUGUGCUUGUAGUAGUUGAGUGUUGUACGCUUUUUUGGAAAACGCCCCCAAUGGGUGCUCUUAAAUCAUAUCCCAAAAAACUGUGGUGAGAAUGCUGCGCAUACGAUGAAUAAACCUUAUAUACUAUA